CAAAUAACACAUCCAGCGCCAGUAAUCCCACUUCAAGAAUUUUAUUUUUAUCAACGCAUAUAUACGUUACUUUAACCAUGAAGGUCAUCGUGUUCCUUGGUCUACUAUCGGCCGUAUACUGCGCACCCCGAGCCAAUCCGGGCGCGGUGGGACCGCCCUACGUCUGGGAUCUGCAGAAGCCGCGCAUGGAUGCCGCUUCGGUGGCCGCCAUGCUGACGCAGAAGGCCGACGGUCAGUAUCCGACGUAUGUACCCAUUCCGCAGGGCGGCUUCGACUGCAACUCCAAGAAGAUGCCGGGUUACUAUGCCGAUACGGAGUUCCAGUGCCAAGUGUACCAUCGGUGUGAUAUCAACGGGAAUAUGACCAGCUACAUCUGCGACAAUACCACAGUAUUCGACCAGGUCACCUUGAUCUGUGAUUACUGGUUCAACGUCGACUGCUCGCGAUCGCAAGAAUUCGAGGAAUUCGCCAACCGUCGUCUCUACCAAGAAGAACUGCCGCUCUUCGACACCCCACCUGCCGACUACGUGGCACCACAGGCCCAGGGCUCCGCCGGCGCAGCUGCCGGUCAAGGAUCGAAGACCCGUACUGGAGGCGCUCAGCAGAAGAGCGGAGGCGGACAAGUCGCUGCUAAGGCCAAGGCAGCGGGCGGACAGGGCGGAGCGAGUGCCCAGUCCUCGGGACGCAAAGCGCAGGCCAGUGGUCAAGCCGGUGCCGGGAGCCGUACAGCGGCCGGCCGCAGUAAUACCGGCAGCUACGGAAAUGCCCAAGCUAGCAAUGCGCAGGGGAGCGCCCAAGACCAGGCUGAGAGCGCCGAAUAAAAGCAGAUUCAGUAAUGGUUUCCGCAAGUGCAUUUGUUGUUCGUUAACCUUAAAUACCAGCGUGUAUGCAUGUUAAUGCAAAAUUAACUGAAUUGACCACAUUUAUUCAGACUACUAUGGAUACUUGUAUUUACCUUGCGGUUGCUUUUAGCAAAGGUCUCGGGGUUACGGAAAGAGUUUUUAUUUGUUUGGCAGUGAUUAAUAAAAAUUGCGAAGGUGA